AUGGUCUCAAAAUCUAGCCUGGACCAGAUCGAGAGCCUUGCGCAACAGAUCGAGGAAUAUCGCAGUUCGACUGAAAUUAACCUCGAAACUCAUCGACUGGACACGCGGAAGGCUUGCGCAGAUAUUGAGCAGAAGCUAAGCUCAAGCAAAGAAGUUCGCUUUUCAAAGUUCGAAUUACGGGUGCUUUGGUGUCGGCCGUGGUCUAAGUUCCUUGGAAUAUCUAGCCUGGAGGAACAGUACAAUAUGACACACGACACACAGCUAAGAACAAAAGAAGAUCUCCUGGCGCUAAGACUUGAGACGAAUGAGAAUGCCGCGAACACUACACAAUUGAAUUCAGACCUCCAGAAGGUCGAGAUCAAGCAGCGGGAGCAGCAGCAACAUACAGCAAGAUACGGUUCCCCGUAUCCCACGACAACCUCGGGAAGACCGGGAAGUAGCAGCAUCACCAGAUAG